AAAAGAGAAGGGGUUAAUCGGAAUUUACGCUUGAAAUAACUUUUGUUAGGGUUUCAAAUUCAUUUUCAAUCUCUAGGGUUUCAACUUCAACAGUUCACCUUGAUUUCAAUGGUGUAACUUCCGUUCGCCGGCGAGUUAUUUCCGUCACCGUCACAAACUCCGCGCUGGCCCUUUCUCCCGCUUUUCAAUUUUCUGAAUAGAGUAGAUGCUUCUCUAGAUAGGAGAGCUCAACUUUUGUAUUCAGAGUCAGGAAGUGGUGGACCUAUUGAUGGGUGCACCAAAGCAGAAGUGGACAUCAGAAGAAGAAGCUGCCCUUAAAGCUGGUGUAGCAAAGUAUGGGGUUGGAAAAUGGAGCACCAUACUCAAAGAUCCAGAGUUUGCUACUGUGUUGCGCUCUCGCUCAAAUGUGGAUCUGAAGGAUAAAUGGAGAAAUCUACAUGUCAUGGCAAAUGGUUUGGGGUCUCGGCAUCAAGUGUCUCGGCAUCAAGGGAGGGUUGUCUCUAAAAGUGUCCAGCCUAAGCAGAAGCAUGAUGACAACUCCUUGCUUGUUAGCACCGCGGUUGAGAAUGAUACAGAAGUUCUUGAUCCUAAACCUCUUGCAUCGUCUGGUGAUGCACUGGAGGAUGUUGGUUGUGAAAAGACGAUUUGUAGAUUGGACGAUCUUAUAUUGGAGGCAAUAGCCAAAUUGAAGGAACCACAUGGAUCUCGUCGAAAUGCAAUUUUGUCUUACAUAGAGGAGUGGUACACGGCACCUCCAAACUUUGAAAGACUGUUGGCAGCAAAUUUGAAGGCGUUGACUGAUAAAGGAAGACUGAUUAAGGUAAGGCAUCAAUACAGGAUUGCGCCGAGUAGAUUAUCAUCUGGUACCAAGGGAGGCCAUCUCUCUUUUCUUAUGGAUGGAAAGGAGGAUUCCACUAUGAUAGAAAAGAAUGAAAUUAGAAUACGGACUAAAGCACAAAUUGAUGUGGAGUUAGAGCAGAUGAAGAGCAUGACUGCAGAGGAGGCUGCUGCAGCUGCUGCACAAGCAGUUGCAGACGCUGAAGCUGCCAUUGCUGAGGCGGAACGGGCGGCAAGGAUUGCAGAGGCGGCUGAAGCAGAGGCAGAGGCAGCACAGUGUUUUCAUGAAGUUACAUUGAAGGCAUUGCAGCAUCAAACUAUCCCUGUCUGAUGACAUUAGCUGGAUCCACCACUUGGGUUUUCAUCUUCAGUACAAUUGGCAAUUUAUUGUUGAUAUGUGGAUAGAGUUGUAAAUGUGGUUAUUUUUGUCCAUUGCUAGUGAUCUUAAUUAUGGCAUUGAGGUCAUAGUGAAGUUUAUAGGCAAAAGGAGUAUAGAAAUCCUUUUUUUGGUGGUUGGCUGACAUGCAAAAUGUAUAUCCUCAAAAAGCCGCUAACCUUUUUUGUUUUAAAUAUUUUGUCUUUGGUGCGAAGUGGUUGUAUAACAGAGCUGGUUGAAUUGCCGUUGAUCCACAAAAAAUCUUGAUGAACCUAUGAUUCAGAAAAUAAUUGUUUUGAUUGUGGUUUCA